CCCUUCAGGGAGAUAUAUUACUUUGGAUCAAGCCCAAGUUUACCAUCAGUCAUCUUGCUAAAGGGAAAAGGGUAGCUCAAAAGAAAACACCUUGCCAAUGAACUGGUUUGCACGUUUUUUCUCGAAGCAUCCUGUGGAUGAUUCUUUAUCCCAUACCAAUUCACCGCUUUUGUUUCCAUUCAUAUCUUCUGAAGAUGAACGAUACUUUUUUUCCAACUUGAGGCGCCACGGAGGAGCCAGCCCCGUGCUAAAGCAGCCAGCCCGUGGGGCCAGUGGAAGGACUACAGUCACGGCGAUUGUCCAGACUGGUGGGGAUUGGAGCACCGGCCUCUUGAGCGUCUGCAGAGAUAGGAGAGUGUGUCUCUAUGGUCUGUUCUGUCCGAUGUGUCUGGAAUGUGACAUUGCCAGGCGUUAUGGAGAGUGUCUUUGUUGGCCCUUGUUACCUGGGUCCAGCUUUGCAUUGAGAAUUGGCACCAGAGAGAGAUAUAAAAUACGGAUCUGUUUCAGUAUGCUACCAACCUACAGUGGCCACAUUCCUGCCGAGUGUCAGAGCUGAAUGUCAGCUCUGGGCUACACUAUGGGACAGGUGGCUGAGAUCCUCACACUUCACAUGCUUCGGAAACACUUUGGGAGCUUGAUGGCUGAACUAGGACUCGGGCCAGGUUCAUUGCACUGGCGAGGACUGAGCAUCUAGUAUCUGUUGACCUCUAAGGAUUAAGGUUGGACUGUGGACAGGUUGAUGAUGACUCAAGGAGAGAUGGGAGGCCUGCACAAAGCCGCGAGGGGAAAAUGCUGAAUUCAGCCACAGC